AUGGAUCUGAUCAACUCUCUGUUGAAUCUGGUGGUGCCUCCAGCGAGCUUGGUGAUGCUGGCAUUUGCAUGGCCUGCUUUGUCCUUCAUCAAUGCCUGUGAGUGGGUUUACAACACCCUUUACAGUGAAAACAUGGAGGACAAAGUAGUUAUCAUCACUGGUGCUUCUUCUGGGAUUGGAGAGCAAGUUGCAUAUGAGUAUGCAAAGAAGGGGGCGAAACUUGUGUUGGUUGCGAGGAGAGAGAACAGGCUACGAGGAAUUGGUGAGAAUGCAAGGCAGCUAGGGGCGAAACAUGUUAUGAUCAUGGCUGCAGAUGUCGUUAAGCUAGAUGAUUGUAGGCGAUUCGUCACCGAAACUGUCAAUUACUAUGGCCGCGUGGAUCAUCUAGUGAACACGGCAAGUUUGGGGCACACCUUCUACUUUGAGGAAGCUAUAGACACAUCCGUGUUUCCCCCUUUGAUGGACAUAAAUUUUUGGGGAAAUGUUUAUCCAACGUACGUCGCUUUGCCUUUCCUACGACAGAGCAAUGGCCGAGUCAUUGUUAAUGCAUCGGUGGAGAACUGGCUGCCUCUGCCAAGAAUGAGUUUAUAUGCAGCUGCGAAGGCGGCUUUGAUAAACUUCUAUGAGACGUUGAGAUUCGAAGCGAAAGAGGUUGGAAUUACCAUUGCAACACAUGGUUGGAUAGGGAGUGACAUGACUAGAGGCAAAUUCAUGUUGGAGGAUGGUGCUGAGAUGCAGUGGAAGGAAGAAAGGGAAGUACAGGUGACCGGUGGACCGGUGGAGGAGUUUGCAAGGUUGAUGGUGGCGGGGGCCUGUCGUGGAGAUGCAUACGUGAAGUACCCGAGCUGGUAUGAUAUCUUCCUCCUUUACAGGGUGUUUGCACCUAAUGUUCUUGGGUGGACAUUCAGGCUGCUGCUCUCAACGAAUGGAGCGAGACGGUCCACCUCCCUCAUCGGUACUGGAAGGCCUCUUCUGGAAUCAAGUUCUCCUCCAAAGCUCCUCACAGGUGGUCCUUUUACAUUUCCCCAACACAAUCCUCAACAGCAUCAGCAGAAAAUGGAGUAGUGAAGAUGGGAUUUUCUUGGGACAUUUAAUUUUCUCUAUGUUUUGUGGUGUGGUUGAUGUGCUUGGUUUGAUUCACAGGUCAUGUGGGAUAUUUGUUAUGAUCUCAAACUGUGAUGAAUGGGGUGUACAAACAUUUGGGUUGGCCUCUCUUGGGAAUUGAAUAAUGUCUAGUGAAGGGUUUGAGGAAUGAGG